AUGAAGAAAAUAAUUUUACCAAGGUCAACCAAUUUUACUGAAGUGACUGAAUUUGUCGUUUUGGGUUUAAGCGAUCAUCCUGACCUGCAAGUGCUAUUGUUCAUUGUAUUUCUCUUGGUUUACAUAGUCAUAAUGGUGGGCAAUAUGCUAAUUUUCAUUCUGAUCCUGGGAGAUCCAUUUCUUCACACACCAAUGUAUUUUUUUCUCAAGGUCCUCUCAUUCUUGGAUGUCUGCUACUCUUCAGUUACCCUCCCCAAAAUGCUGGUGAAUUUCCUGUCGGAGGACAACAGAAUUUCCUAUACUGGCUGUGCUGCCCAAAUGUUCUUCUUGCUUUUCCUAGGGGCUUCUGAAUGCUUCCUCUUGGCAGCUAUGGCCUAUGACCGUUAUGUGGCCAUAUGCAAACCACUGAUGUACAUGAUAAUCAUGAGUGAGAAAGUCUGCCUUUCGCUGACAAUCCUCUCAUGGUUCUUUGGCAAUUUGGUGUCUCUGCUUCAGACAGUGUGGGUUUUUAACUUGCCCUUUUGUGGAUCAAAUCAAAUCAAUUAUUUUUUCUGUGAUAUUCCACCCCUCAUUAAGCUUUCUUGCAUUGACACUUCUUCAUAUGAGAUGCAGCUUUUUACAGCAACAAUCCUAGUUAUUUUGACCCCCUUUUCCCUCAUCCUUGUGUCCUACAUUCUGAUUGUUACCAGCAUCUUAAAGAUGGCAACAGUGGAAAGCCGUAAGAAAGCCUUCUCCACUUGCUCUUCACACCUCUUGGUGGUGAUUUUGUACUAUGGGAGUGGCAGCCUGAUCUAUCUAAAGCCCAAAUCCACUUAUUCACAGGACAGUAACAAAAUGCUGGCUUUGACGUACACUGCUAUAACACCCAUGUUGAACCCAAUUAUCUACAGUCUGAAGAACAAAGAGAUCAGUAAGGCAAUGAAGAGGAUGGUGAACAAAACAAUUCGAAAAACACUUUCACAUGGGACAUAG